AUGGGAGUAGUUUCUGCCUUUGGAACUGACGUUGAUUGCUUCUACAACAAGCUUCUGGAUGGACAGAGCGGUGUCAGUUUGAUUGAUAGGUUUGAUACCUCAUCUUUGCCGGUGAAGUUCGCAGGCCAAAUCCGCAGCUUCCCAGAGGAGGAACGUAUGGAUGAGAAGAUCAUUAGUUACCUUGACCCAUGUUGGAGGUACUGCUUGGUGGCUGGUACAAAUGCACUUGAACAUGCUAACCUCGGACCAGAGGUUUUAAAGGCUGUAAGUAGUUUCUUCCCUCACUAUCACGCAACUCUGCUUAAAGACGGCAGUAUCUAGGAUCUUGGUAGAUUAUUCGUUUUUAUGUAAUAUUUCUGGAAAGUGAAAAAUGAAUAUCAUUCGCUCUUCUAUUACAAGUUAUGAGACGAAAUGUUUUCGUGUUCUUCACAUUAUUGAGAAUAUAAAAAAUAUACAAAGAAGGCUGAAAACGUACCAUUCUUUGUCCUUUGGCUUAGAUAUGACUACCUAUGGUCGAAAAUACGAAUAGCAUUCAUCUUUCCAUUCCACUGUAUACUAUUAGCGGUGAUAAUAUAUGAUCUGAUCAAGGUACAAACCCGGCUUUCAUCCAAUUUUCAGAGUGAAAUAUAAGAUUACAUGCAUUAAUGAAUAUUUUAUCAUAUUCAAAAAUAAAUACAUGCAAAUGCGAAUCAUAAAAAAAUUAUCGAAUUCAUCAUUUCAUUGUUUGAUAAAAUAUAAAAAUUAAUCGACAUUCCGUAUAAUUCUUGAGCGCAUGCAGAUGGAUCGAUCAAGAAUCGGAGUCCUGAUGGGAUCGAGCAUGGGUGGCAUGACGAUGUUCAGCAGUGGGGUAGAUGAUUUCAGCCGAGGAGGAGGAUACAAGCAGAUGUCCCCAUUUUUCAUCCCUUGUUCAGUUACUAAUAUGGGAGCAGCGCUGCUAGCGUCACACUUGAAUCUAACAGGGCCAGCUUACUCAAUAUCCACAGCCUGUUCAACGGGGAAUUCUUGUCUACAUGCUGCUGCCAACCACAUAAAAGAGGGAGAAGUUGAGGUUAUGUUGGCUGGAGGAACAGACUCUCCUGUACUUCCCUGUGUGAUUGGAGGUUUCUCGGCUUGUCGAGCAUUGUCACAGAGAAACAGUGAGCCGCAGAGAGCCUCAAGGCCGUGGGACAAGGAACGAGAUGGUUUUGUUCUAGGAGAAGGAUCUGCUGCUUUGGUAAUUACCACAACUUUAAGAAAAUAUAUUGGAUAAAAUAUCAUUUUUGAAGACCACUUAGGUGAAUCUCAGGCUCGAUUUGUGCUCAUUGUGCUUAGAUUUUACAUUUUUUAAGCAAACACCAAUCAAUGUAUUUAAUGUAGCAUGAACUAUUGUUCAGCAGGAGAAAACAGUUCCUUUAGCUAUUAUUCGCAUUAUUAACUUUAAAAUACGCAGAUUAUAUUUAAGCUUCCUCCUGUGCAGUUAUUUGGAUUUCAUAGAUAUUAUUCGCAUACACAACUGUGAUUCGAUUUAUCUUUUAUCUGAUGUGGUAUUUAAUAUAAUUAAUUAUCAAAACAGCAAAUUCAUCACCUUUUUAACCGAGAACAAGAGAAACAUCUGGCAGACCUUAGAAAGGAAAGGCAUUUGAAAGGAUAAGACAGAAAUAACGGUGUUUUAUUCUUGGUAACCUGUCUAACACCAUUAUAGCUAUUUUGGGGAUAAUAUAAGCCUUUGAAGUUCAAGUAUGAACAUGUCACUGAUUAUUCCAGAAAUUUAUUCUUCCUCAAUAUGUAGAUGGUUCUAAUUAUGUGCAAGAUCCACUAAGGGCUUCAACUGCCGUUAUCAAACAAAAUAAUAAUAUCAGUUUCUAUUUUUUACUUGCCUAUAUUCUAUAAAUUGUCAUCUUCGAUAUUUUGAAGGUAUUAGUUCUUGUCUAAAAGUUAUCCACAUGAAGAUGUAAUUGGGUUUCAAUUUCUUUCUAGUUUUGAACAAUAUUUUGUUUUGUGCAACCUUCCAUAGUGUGUGUGAGUCAGAAUUAGGUCUAGAAUGUGCUUCUUAUACUCUACUUGGCGUAAAAUGUACAUUAAAUUAUGUAGAUAUCAUGAUUAAUUAUUUUCAACUACAUCUUUGACCUGUACUUUCGAGCUUGAAUCAUGCUGAUUUUCUUUUAUUGAGUGAAGAUCAUGGAGAGCUUGGAGCACGCUAGGAAGAGGGGAGCAAGCAUAAUUGUAGAGUAUCUAGGAGGUGCCCUAACUUGUGAUGCUUAUCACAUGACUGACCCAAGGCCAGAUGGAAUGGGAAUCUACUCUUGCAUCCUCAAGAGCCUAGAAGAUUCUGGAGUUUCUCCUGAAGAGGUUGGACCACGGCUGAUCAUCUAGUUACUUUCACUUUUUGGUGAUAUUAGUGGCAAUAACUUGACCACUGAGUUUGGGCUCUAGAAGGUUUGGUUUGGGCUAUAUGGGGUAUGACCCAGAAGUUCAAACUCUCUCUCUCUCUCUCUCUCUCAAACUUUUAAGAAAAAUAUGUGCACCAAAUUUUAGGUGAACUACAUAAAUGCUCAUGCAACAUCGACAUUAGCUGGAGAUUUAAUUGAAGUUAAUGCAAUCAAGAAGGUUUUCAAGGACACUUCUGAAAUCAAGAUGAAUGGGACCAAGGCAAGUAUUUUUCAAGUUUUUAUUUCUAGCAUAUUAUUUGUAUCAUAUUUCCUCUUAGUAAUUGCAUUGAGGGAAACAAGAUAUUAUUGUUAAAGUUCUUGUAAAAUAUGAAUAUUAGAUGUUCAUGAAGAUUGCCUGGCAUAUUUCCCAUGUUAUAAACACAUCUUUGGGGCAUGGUGCAUUUACGUUUUGGGCUUAGUUAUACUGCCCAAAAUCAAGGAAGUUGGUCCGAACCAAGAUGGGGUAUCAAACCUCAUUGGUCCAUUAAGACUCGUCUGCUUUAUUCAUUAUUAUAUGCAUGGAUAUAGUUAUCACACAAUAUUCAAAAUAUUUUUUAUAUUGUCUCCUAAUAUAGGAAUUUUAUUUUUUAGUAUUUAAUAAAUUAAAAUUACUCGAUUCUUUCUCAGUCAAUGAUAGGGCAUUGUUUAGGGGCAGCUGGAGCAAUCGAAGCCAUUGCAACCAUCAAGGCUAUUACCACAAGCUGGCUGCACCCCACCAUCAACCAAGAUGUAUCAUUUUCUUCCAAGAAUAUUAUGAUUUAUUUUAUCACGAUAUUAAUUCACUUUAAUUCAAGUUUUUUUGGUCUUAUCAAGAAUUUGGAGCCAGAAGUCACAAUUGACACAAUCCCAAAAUCAAAACAAGAGCAUGAAGUUCAUGUGGGUAUGUGUAAUCCCACACGAUUAUUAUGUUUUCAUUGAAAUAUUAUUAAAAUCAUGAUAUAGUUUUAUUUUUUUCAGCUAUCUCAAACUCCUUUGGCUUUGGUGGUCAAAAUUCUGUUGUCGUGUUUGCUCCUUUCAUUUUGUAG